AUGAUCCUGACAGUUCACACAUUAUUAUCGCCCUAUUUCCUCCUCCUAUCCAUCGGUGCGAGCGCACUGUUGUUUACAAUCUAUAAGCUCCUCCCUGUUCUCCUAUCUCCAUUUACGUCUACACUACGAAACCUCCCUGGCCCGCCUAAUACUAGUUGGUUCUAUGGUAACCUCAAGGAAAUUCAAGCCGCCGAACAGUCUACCCUGCACAACGCAUGGGUCGAGAAGUACGGGAAGACCAUCCGAUAUAAAGGAUGGUUAAAUACGGACAGGCUGUACACCUUAGAUACGCGCGCGGUUGGCCAUAUUCUCAGCCAUUCCUAUGAUUAUCCCAAGCCCGAAAUGUCUCGCUUCACGCUAUCACAGGUUCUUGGUGCCGGCUUGCUGAUAGUCGAAGGCGAGCAGCAUCGCAGACAGAGGCGUAUCAUGAAUCCUGCGUUUGGCCCAGUCCAGGUUAGAGAAUUAACGGGGAUCUUUGUAGAGAAGGCGAACGAGCUUUGUGAUUUCUGGAACGAAGAAAUUGCUAAACAUGGUGAACCGGCUCGGAUCAACGUCCUCGACGGACUCAGCAAAGCGACUCUAGACGUGAUUGGUUUGGCAGGCUUUAACUACACGUUCAACUCGCUUAAUCCCCAUGGCGAGUCCAAUGAGCUCAACGACGCCUUCAGCACGAUGUUUCAAUCUCUAACACAGCUGAACGCCAACUUGAUGCGCGUUCUAAAGGUCUAUGUCCCCAUCCUUCGUGUUUUCCCGGAUGCCACCACGAGGACUACGGAAAAUGCCCAAAGCGUUAUGCGCCGCAUUGGCAUGCAGCUUAUCGCUGACAAAAAGGCCGAGAUUAUCAAGGCUGCCAACGCAGGCGAGAAGGGGGGUAGUUUGCAGAGCCGCGAUCUUUUGACCCUACUCAUCAAAGCCAAUAUGAGCACCGACAUUCCUGAAAACCAGCGUCUGUCUGAUGAGGAUGUUCUGGCCCAGGUCCCAACAUUCCUCGUCGCCGGGCACGAGACGACCAGCAAUGCGACGACGUGGUGCCUCUAUGCCCUCGCUCACGCCCCCGAGAUUCAACAGAAAUUGCGCGAAGAACUGCUCGGCGUCGCAACUCAGAAUCCCACUAUGGACGAGCUGAACGAGCUUCCGUACCUCGACGCUGUUGUUCGCGAGACGAUGCGUUAUCAUGCUCCUGUCUCGGGGACGAUUCGCCACUCGGCAAAGGACAAUGUCAUCCCGCUCGCCACUCCGUUUGUCGACGUUAAUGGGCAAGUACAGGAUGUCAUUAGGAUUCAUAAGGGCUGUGUUAUUUUAAUCCCCAUCCUUGCUAUAAACAAGUCAAAAGAGCUCUGGGGCGAGGAUGCAGACGAAUUCAAGCCUGAACGAUGGAUCACUGGCGUGCCGGAGGCAGUCCAGCACAUCCCUGGUGUGUGGGGAAACAUGCUGAGCUUCCUCGGCGGGCCUCGCUCUUGCAUCGGCUAUCGUUUCUCCCUCGUCGAGAUGAAAGCUUUGCUAUUCGCACUCGUGCGUGGGUUCGAGUAUGAGCCAGCAAUGCCUGCCGAGGCAAUCACGAAGAAGAUGGCGAUCGUGCAACGGCCCUUCGUCCGGAGCGAGAUGGAGAAGGGAAGCCAGUUGCCGCUCAUGGUACGCCCGUACCAGCGGACGUAG